CGCCGCCGCCGCUGCCGCCGGCUUACGAGCAGCUCUUCGCCGCCGCCGUCGCCCACCACCACCAGCAGCAGCAGCAGCAACGCGCCUACUUGGACUUCCACGCCGCCGCCCCGCCGCCGCCGCCGCCGCCCGAGGAGCUGGUGCUGGAGCGCUUCUCCUCCGCCUCCGCCGCCGCCGCCGCGCCGGACUUCCAGCCCUUCUUCGACCGGGGCGAGCCCUGCCUGGAGGUGGAGUGCGGCGACAACCGAGCCUUGCUCUACAUCCGCAAACUCUGCCAGGGCAGCAAAGGGCCCUCCAUCCGCUACCGGGGCGAGUGGCUCACCCCCAACGAGUUCCAGUUCGUCAGCGGCCGGGAGACCGCCAAGGACUGGAAGCGGAGCAUCCGACACAAAGAAUCGGGGGCGUUUGGCGGAGAAGAGGACAAUCCCCCUGCCUCCCUCUCGAACUCCCAAAAAGGAGCCCCCUGCUCUUUUCUCACACGGCGACAACCACAAGGAGGUGGAAAAAAUCAACGGACAUCACCCUCAUGUCAAACAGGAAGAGGACUUGCAUAUUAGUAUCAUGAAAAGAAGCCAAAACGGUGAUCUGACCUCUUUCCUCUCCAGUCUUAACCAGAGCCGGCAGCUCGGCAUGCCCGAGACCCAGAACCGCUGUGAGUUCAAACGAAGCAGCCUGGAAGUUGGCUUGGGAGCAGCAGAUGAAGUUUUAGGCAAAAGGAAAAUCUGUGUGCCAGGUAGCAACGGAGACUGUCUUUUGGAGAGCAAAAAAUCUCGAAGCGAAUCCCCAAAAGAAAACUCCCACACGCCCUUGUUGGAGGGCUCGGUGACACAGAUGACUCCGGAAGAAGAUUACCGGCGGUUGAUGUCCGCACUCAACGAACACAGCACUUUCGAAGAGCAGCAACAACAACAGCAGCGUCUCUACCAGUUGGCCGGCGGGAUAUCCGUCCCGAGUCACAGCGAUAUCCUCCGGGCGCGUCAAGAGGUCGCCUCGCGAAACCCCAGCAGCCUAGAGCCUCACCUUCCCUCGGCCAGCAACUCGGCCAGCCAGCGCAGAAAGCAGGGGCUUCCACAGCACCGGGAUUCGCACUUCAGCGAGAGGGAGAUGUCCCACCCUCCACCUCUCCUGUCGCCCCAGAAUGCUCCCCACAUCGCUUUAGGGCCUCACUUGAGACCCCCGUUUCUGGGGGUGCCUUCAGCUUUGUGCCAGACACCAGUCCAUUAA